UUGGCGUCUCCUCCGUUGAAGAAGCUUUCCUCACAAUCUCAAAUCUGUUCUGAGAGACUUCAAAUGUAUCCUUCUCUCGACGAUGAUUUCGUCUCUGAUUUGUUUUGCUUCGAUCAAAGCAAUGGAGCAGAACUUGAUGAUUACACACAGUUUGGUGUGAGUUUGCAGCCUAAUCAAGAAGAUACUUUCCCAGAUUUUGGGUCAUAUGGUGUGAAUUUGCAGCAGGAGCCAGGAGAAGUCUUUAGUAUUGGAGCUCAAUUGGAUUUGUCGUCGUACAAUGGUGUUUUGCCUCAAGAGCUAGAACGAGUAGGGAGAAAAGAUUGUGGAGUUGUGCAGGAAGAUGAAGUAGAGAUUGAUUCUGGAUCAUCUGGUGGAGCUGUUAAGCAAGAGCAGGAACAUUUAGAUGAUGAUUAUGCGCGUAAGCGGGCAAGGACUGGAUCGUGUAGCAGAGGAGGAGGAGGAACCAAAGCGUGUCGUGAAAGAUUGAGGAGGGAGAAGCUAAAUGAGAGGUUCAUGGAUUUGAGCUCAGUUUUGGAGCCUGGGAGGACUCCGAAGACAGAUAAACCGGCUAUACUCGAUGAUGCGAUACGUAUCUUGAAUCAACUUAGAGAUGAAGCUCAUAAGCUUGAAGAAACUAACCAAAAGCUUUUAGAGGAGAUCAAGAGUCUCAAGGCGGAGAAGAACGAACUAAGGGAGGAAAAACUAGUGUUGAAGGCGGAUAAGGAGAAGACGGAACAACAGUUGAAGUCAAUGGUGGUUCCAUCUUCAGGGUUCAUGCCUCAGAUUCCAGCCGCAUUCAACCACAACAAAAUGGCUGUUUACCCGAGCUACGGUUACAUGCCAAUGUGGCAUUAUAUGCCUCAGUCGGUUCGUGACACAUCUCGUGAUCAAGAACUCAGGCCUCCUGCUGCCUAGACUCUCAAUUGUUUUUUUGAUACCCAUAGGGAACUUAGAGAGAUAUCUGAAUCACUUGGUUUAGGAUUCUUCCGUAAUGGCAAGUGUAAAAGUUUUACUCUUGGUCUUGGGUUGUAUUUUUAAAUAAAAAUAUAAUUAACUCCUAAAGCUUGUGAUUUCUUGUUUCUAGUAGAUUUUAUGCAAAUACAUAGACUUUAACAGA